ACGAGUCUAUUUUAUCCGACAGACACCUACAAAAGAAAAGGUGUUGAAACUGAAGGAAGUAGGAAGUGAGGAUGACCUCGAAUCACUUUGCCAUUCACCGUCUCCCUAUUGCAGUGGCAAUGCGCUCCACCUUUUGCCCUCAUAUUCCCAACCACUUCAACUUUCGACCAACACCUACCAAAACCUUCUCCGCUCAAAUUUCUAAUGUUUCUCCUCAAGCUCAAGUUUCAGUAAUUGAGACACCAGCACGGGUUGGAUUUUUGGGCAUCGGAAUCAUGGGCUCCCCUAUGGCCCAAAAUCUCAUCAAAGCUGGAAUUGAUCUGACUGUUUGGAAUAGGACCAAGAGCAAGUGUGAUCCUCUAAUCAGCUUGGGAGCAAAAUAUAAAUCAUCUCCUGAGGAAGUAGCUGCAUCUUGCGAUGUCACAUUUGCCAUGCUUGCUGAUCCUCAAAGUGCAGUGGAUGUUGCUUGUGGAAAGAAUGGAGCAGCAAAUGGAAUGGGCCCAGGAAAAGGAUAUGUAGAUGUUUCAACUGUUGAUGGGGACACUUCAAAAUUGAUUAAUGGGCACAUAAAAUCCACCGGAGCAUUAUUUUUGGAGGCUCCAGUUUCAGGUUCCAAAAAGCCAGCUGAAGAUGGAAAAUUGAUAUUUCUCACAGCAGGGGACAGAAAUCUUUAUGAAACGGUUGCUCCUCUCUUGGACAUCAUGGGGAAAUCGAAAUUUUACCUUGGUGAUGUUGGAAAUGGAGCUGCAAUGAAACUAGUUGUCAAUAUGAUCAUGGGCAGUAUGAUGGCGUCCUUUUCUGAAGGCUUACUUCUCAGCGAGAAAGUUGGGCUGGAUCCAAAUGUCCUAGUGGAGGUAGUUUCAGAGGGUGCCAUUAGUGCUCCAAUGUACUCAACCAAAGGCCCAUCAAUGAUACAAUCACUUUACCCAACUGCAUUCCCUCUAAAGCAUCAACAAAAGGAUCUAAGACUUGCCCUGGGGUUAGCAGAGUCUGUUUCCCAACCCACUCCGAUUGCAGCUUCUGCUAAUGAGCUAUAUAAAGUUGCAAAAUCCCAUGGUCUUAGCGAUCAAGACUUUUCAGCUGUCAUUGAAGCAUUAAAAUCCAAAUUCCAGCACUCAGAAAACCAGUGACGUUUUUUAUGAGAGACAUGUUCAAAUGGAAAACGACAGUGAGCUAGGCCACUUGAAUCAAGAAUAGACGUAAAUUUUGAGGCUAGUCAAUUUGAAUGCAUUCCCUGAAAUGUAGAUUAUUAUACCUCCAAGGGCGUAAAAAUUUUUAUGAUAAGUUAUUUACAAUUAUUAUUUAGUAUAGAUAUUAUCCUCUUACCCCUUUUCCCUAAGGUGUUCUUGCAUAGCCUAUCUACUUCUAGCAACACAUUCAAGAUUAAUUUUUUGGGAUUUUUCGUUUCAUA